UCAUGAGUACGGCGGGGGUAUUCCAUAUUGACUUGCCGGAUGAGCCCAGUUUCGAUGACAUAGAUGAUAUUUCUGAUAGCCAGAGCGUAUGUGCACCGGGGAUUCAGGAACAGUUUUUGGAACGCGGACCACUUAAGGGUGAUGAACUCGACACUGAUGUUGAGACCGUCGAAAUCUGUGAGGAGACAGUAAAUCCUGGUCAGCCAAAGGUUAAGCCGGAGGAUUUCCAUCUUCUUAAGGUUUUAGGCAAAGGUGGCUACGGAAAAGUAUUUCUUGCGCGAAAAAUUUCAGGUGUUGAUAGUGGUCAGACUUUCGCUAUGAAGGUCCUUAGCAAAGCUUCUAUAGUUCGCAAUGCUAAGGACACUGCACAUACUAGAAGUGAACGCAAUAUCCUUGAGAUGAUAAAGCACCCUUUUCUCGUGCAACUCCAUUAUGCCUUCCAAACUCCAGGAAAACUCUAUUUAGUUCUUGAGUUUUUGGCUGGUGGCGAGCUUUUUAUGCAGCUUGAGAAGGAAGGCGUUUUCGUUGAAGAACAAGCAAGCUUCUACCUGGCCGAAAUCACCCUCGCUAUUGGCCAUCUUCAUUCGAUGGGCAUAAUAUACAGAGACCUGAAACCCGAAAAUGUGCUACUAGAUAGUGAGGGUCAUGUGAAAUUAACUGAUUUUGGGCUCUCCAAAGAGCGUCUGUCCAAAGAUGCCCUCACCCAUACGUUCUGUGGAACUAUUGAUUAUAUGGCACCAGAAAUUCUAAAGCGACAGGGACAUGGCAAAGAGGUCGAUUGGUGGAGCCUGGGAACAUUAAUGUACGAUAUGCUGUCUGGAGGGCCCCCCUUCGCCGCUCAGGACAAAAACAAGACUAUAGAGAAUAUAUUUCUUUAA